AUGAUAUCUAAAACUCAUAUUCCAGAAGACCGCGAUUAUGAGCAUGAAGACAGUUCCUCAGAUGGCGACGUGAGCGCAAUAACAGAAGCUCGCCUUUGCACGAUGAUCGAGAAACACAGUGAUGAUUUGAUGUGCAAAAUGUUUCCACAGUCACUGGCUGGAGGAGCAAUGAAAUGGUUCAAUAAACUCCCGGAACAGUCAAUCGGUACUUACCAUGAAUUGGCGUACCAGUACGAUCAAAUAGGUGUGUACGGUUCCUUGGUCAAGAGACCACCAAAGACUCUGGAAGGACUGUAUGAUCGAGUGAAAGAAUAUGCUCGAGUGGAGGAUGAUUCCAAAGCUCGAGAGACGAGAUAUGUUAAUAGAUCAUCCAAUCAUCCAAAUGAUUGGAGGAAAAAAAAGUCGAAGAACGGUUCGAGCGGCCAGCACAAUGAUAGAGGUGAAGUCCGAGAGAAUAACCAAGGUGAACGAAUGGAAAUUGGAUAUCAGAAAAUUCAUGACUUGAAGCUGACGCCAUUGAACAUACAGCUCGCAGAGUUGUAUGAGAAAAUCAGCAAGGAUUUGAGCCCCCCUCGUCCUUUUCCAGCAGAGACACGUGAUAAACGUGAUAGGAGAAAAAACUGCAAGUUUCAUAAAUACCAUGGUCACAAGACCGAGAAUUGCCGUGCUCUACAGAUCGAGGUCCAGCGAAUGAUCGACGCUGGAAAGCUGCAAGAGUACGUGAAAAAGGAUUUUGGGAAAGGUCCUGGAAAGUUUGGUACAACACACGUGAUUAAAGCACAUGUGAUAAAUGUCAGUCACGCCAGGAUCCAUUCAAUGUCCAGGCGGGCAUCGGAAGAUGAAACCAGGAGGAAGCUCAGGCAGUUAAAAGAAUGGUACUUGACAAAUCAUAUCGAUUUUGUCAGUGGAAAUGGAGCAGAAAUUCGGGAGCUUAGGUGCACAAAGAUCGAGUUCUAUGAAGCAGACAUGAUAGAUGUAUAUUCUCCACACAAUGAUGAUACCAUUAUAACUGCUUGGAUUGGCCUGUUUCGUGUACACCGGAUUUUAGUGGAUACAGGAAGCCCAGUAAGCGUGCUGUUUUCAGGAGCUUAUUCCUCUAUGAAUCUGCCAGACGAAUUGAUCGAGGAAGAUGAAAAUCCAAUUAUUGGUUUCAGCGGCGAAGUUACAAAGGCGAUUGGAAAAGUGAAGAUUCCUAUAACAGUGGAUGACAAGUCUGUUCUAGGUAAUUUCCUAUUGCUUUACUGUAGAGCUCCCUACAACGCGAUUGUAGGACGAGACUGGUUGCAUGAGAUUGGUGCAGUCACAUCCUCGUAUCAUCAAUGUUUGAAUUUUCUUGCCCUUGAAAGAGUCGUAAAAAUUAGGAGCGAACAGAUGGCCACAAGUGUCAUGAGAGUGCUAUGGAUGAGUACAAGAAGUCAGAAGUUAGCGGGAACCAAAUCAUGCGAGUCGAGCAGAAAUAGCAAUUACAGAAUCCUCUCCCUCCAGAAUCAUAUAUGGGAAAGGAGUAUCACACAUACCAUGUAA